GUGUGGUCUGUCUCCACAGUGGGACCCUGCACGGACACAAAGCAGCUCCUCCUGCAGCUCCGUCGUCACUGCUGCUCACACCAUGGUUCCUACACAUGUGAGUGUGAAAGCGCAGCAUGCAGUCGGUACACACAGGGAUGUGGGACCCUCAGCCCGUCUCUAAACAUGCCACGCCCCUCCCACAAGCCCCGCCCUCCACGCUACGCCACGCUCACGUGACCGCGGCCUCCCCGGCGAAGAGGAUCACCUUCUACAAAAGCGGCGACAGUAAGUUCGGGGGCGUGAAGAUGGCCGUCCACAAGCGCAGCUUCAAAUGCUUCGACGCCCUGCUGGACGACCUUUCACAAAAGGUGCCUCUUCCAUUCGGUGUCCGGACUGUAACCACCCCCCGUGGCAUUAACACCAUCAAACAUCUAGACCAGCUCCAGGAUGGAGGUUGCUACUUGUGCUCUGACCGGCGCCAAGCUAAACCAAUCAACAUGGAGCUUGCCAGCAAAUGCCCAAGCAUCUGGUACCAUCACAGCCGGAGGCCGCAGCGCCCCGAAACCUCCUCUGCGACGCCACCUGGACAUCUUCCCUACAGGCAGCGACGGAUUCUGCUGGUGAAAAACAGUGAACCGAGGAUGAGGAGGAGUGUGGUGCUGAGCAGGAGGUCCACCAGGAGCCUCAGGGCCUUCCUGGACGAGGUAUCUGAGGUGAUGCAGUUUCAUGUCCACAAACUCUACACCGCAGAGGGACGCAAGAUUGACAGCGUUCAGAGCCUCAUAACUUGCCCCGGUGUGCUGGUGUGUGUCGGCCGGGAAGCGUUCAGUCCACUGCUGCUGAACUGCAUCAAGAAGAGCUCAGAGGAGAAGCUGCCUGGUCUCGACAGUAGGUCCCCUGGUCUCGGUCCCAGGACUCCUGGAAAUGGAGCCCGAUCUCCUAUGACUCAAGGAGCAAGAUCUCCACCUCAUGGAGGUCAGUCCAGAGCCAGUGAGUACAGUGAAGGACAUGAGAGCAAGAAAAAUGUGAACUUUGGUCUUGAAACCAAAAAGAGCAUAAUCCACCCACGUUCUGACUCCUCAAACCGCUCCACCCGCUUCUCUUUGUCUUCAGAGAAAUCAUACGGCAAUGGCAUCAGUGCCUGCUCGCAGCCCAGAGCUGCUAUAAUGAACGAUGACAUUGAAAAGCGCGUGUUUGUCAAUAAAGACGGAAGCCUCUCUCUGGAGAUGAGGGUGCGUUUUCGACUUCACAGUGACGAGACACUGCAGUGGUCCACACAGAUCAAAAAGUCCCCUUCUCUGACCAAUGACUACUCCUCCCUAACACAGGUCCAGCCCCAUUACCUGGAAAAGGGCCAAUCAGAAACCUGUUCUGAUCCUGAUUCCAUGUCCUUUGACCCGGAGAGUGUGGAUUAUUCCAAUCAUACGCCGCAAACAUUAGAAGCAAACCACUGUCCUUGCUGUUACCAGCGACGUGAGCAGCAAUUCGACUUCUGGGAAAACCCGGCACACAAGCGCAAACAGCCUCAUCAUCAACAUAGCACUAGCCACACCCACACUGUCAUAAGAAACACAAACUCCUCCAGCUCCUCUUCAUCGUGUAACUCCAGGAGAGUGGUGCACCGCCGGGCACGGGUGUCCAGCUGUGGAGGAGGCUCAGGUUCAGAGCAGGGUCAGCUGAUCCAGGAGGAGAUGUGCGUGACGGAGAGCAGGGUAGAGGUGGAGCAGGACGGAGACACCCGAGUGGAGGUGUGCAGGGUGAGCCGGUGCUGCAGCCGCAGCGAAGUGGUCGCCAUGGAUGGCAACACACAAGCAAGUAGCAACAAGUCCGUUGAGGAUGAGCUGAUGACGGAGGAGGAGCGUCCUCCGUCUGCAGUCAGCAGCUCCUCACAUGUUCUGCAGUCACUGAAAGAGGACCAGGAUGACGAGGAUGAAGACCUGCCACCCAGUGCCUCACAGUGCUGUCACAGUAAAGAACCAUCACCGACUCAUCAGAAUAACAAGCUAUCAAGAAAAAACUCAGAGGAACAGGAUCGGAUUCCAAGCUCCAAAUCUGAAAUGAGCAGAGCCUCUUGCAGGUCGGGCAAAGACAAGAACUCAAAAGAGGAGAAAGAAGCUGAUGAUGAAGAAGAAAAAAGGGUUGGUAGUGGUUUGUCUGGAGGUUCUCAGAGAUCAGAAGCAGCAACUAUGUGCCCUAACUGUGGAGGCUGCAAACAUGGUGGCCAUGCAGCAUCACAGCAAUCCCAUCAGUCCCAUCAAGCCUCUUCAAACCCUGCUUCACCUGUCGACACGAAAGAGAAUGCUGUUAAUGGCUGCAGUGACGACGACUCAGACAAUUCAGCUGUGUCAAAGCAGUCCAACAAAACCAACCUCACCAUCAGUGGACGCUCUGCUGCAUUAUCAAACUUCCAAGAGGCCAGGACAUCCAGUGCCAUGUCUGGAACAUCAAAUCCAGCACCUGCAACUGAACAGGAAGAAAGGGCUCUUAGUGUCAUCUCAGCAACAAGCCAUAGGUCCACGAGAUCAAAGAGAAGUCCCAGCGCUAUGUCUGUCAAAUCCAGAACAUCUCACAAGUCCAACUGCAGAGAAGAAGCAGAGGGAGAGAACACAGUAGAGAGAGCUAUCAGCUCCUUGUCAGCUAAAUCUGAAGUGUCAACAAAAACCUGUGCUUCAGGCAAAUCUCAUAAGUCCAACUGUCCAUCAAGUGCUAAGGAUGUCUCCAGCACAGCAAUGGAAGAUAAUGAGAUAAACAAAGAAACUCCCAAUAAACGUUCAGAUAGUGCCCUGUCUGCUAAAUCUACCAAAUCAAAUAUUACGUCAAAAUCCGGCACUUCUCGUAGGUCAACAAGACAUGAAGAAGAAACAGAAGAGGAAGCAGUGAGCGCCAGGUCCAAUCUGUCUGUCAAGUCAAACAAAUCCCAUCAGUCCACCAAAGCUUCAGAGACAACACUUUCUCCCAGGUCAGAACCUGAGGGAGAUGGAGAGGAGAGGGCAACAAGUCAAGCGUCUGCCAGUUCAGCUGCAUCAAACAGGUCUAACUGUAAAGAGCAUGAAACUGUGACAAAUGUAGCAGAGGAAAAAGAAAAUGAGGUGGAAGAAGAAGAAGAAGAGGAAAUACAAGAGAGGGCAGAAAGUGAUGAAUCAGAAAAAGAAGAACGAGCAGCCAGUGCUAGGUCAGCUAAGUCUUAUAAGUCUAACCCCAACGGUGACACAUGUUAUGAAAUGCAUGAUAUUACCAGAGAUAGAGAAGCUAAGACUAGGACUGCCAGUGUUUUAUCUGGUAAAUCACAAGCAAAUGUGAACGGUGUGGUGGACAGAACGUCCAGUGCCAUAUCAGUGAAGUCCUCCAAGUCCCGCGUGACAGACUGCACCUCAGCGUCUCCACACAAAGAGGAAAAACAAACUGAAAACCAAGAGAGAAUUGCUAGUGCCAUGUCUGUAAAGUCAAGAUCUUCAGCGAAAUCCAAAACAUCUUACAAGUCGAGAUCUAGCAAGUACCUUACGACGGGUCAAGAGAUUGAUGAAGAGAGAAAUGAGGCAGCAGAGCUAGCUAAAUCAAGAAAAUCUGAUUCAUCAAAUCAUAAUGGAACAGCUGAUUGUGCUAUUAUUGAUACCAUUGACUUUCUUGAUCAGUACCUUUCACCCAGGAGGACACGUUCCCCCAGAAUCAACUCACCCAGUUCUCACCCAGCUGUAUCCAACAGUCCUCAAUGCCCUAGAGCACAAAAUUUGUUGUCCGGCCAAAGUGCUGGAGAGAAAAAAGGGCCCAGUGCCUUGUCAGUUCACUCCACAACCUCUACUCAAUCAGGCAGACCCAAAUGUCACUGUGGAGCAGCUUCAGCAAAUGAGGUGGACGAUGACCAGGAGAAGGCUUCUGAGCGGGCUAUUAGCUUCUUAUCAUCGUCUUCCAGACGCCAGAGGAAGGAAUCAGGAGGCACAGAGCAACCACUGAGUCGAUGCUCAUCAGGGUCAGUGUCUCUUGGGUUACCAGAAGAUCAAGAAACAGGUGACUCAGACAGUGGCAAGUCCAGUGUAUCCUUUCAUACAAAUACUGAGAGUAAGGGCAGAGUGAAGACAGCAGAUCCUGAUGUCCUGAAAAGCAAAGAGAGGUCUGCUAAACAAGAAGAUGUGGAGGAAACAAGAUCCAAGAAUAAUGCCAGCAAAAGCACAAUGACUCUUAAUCCUACAGCAGUUGAAAUCCCCACUAUCAAAACUCCAGCAGCGGGUGAAGAUGAAGAUGAAGGAGGAGGAGGAACAAAAACAGCAAGAGCAGCCACUGCACUUUCAGCCAAGAGCAGCAAGUCCUCUUGUAAGUGUAGCACCAUUCAAACAGAACCAGUAAAUGGUGACAAUCUCAAUGCCCCCAAGAACAGACCUUCAUCUUCGAUGUCAACAGCAAGUGCUAAAGUUCGGAACAAGUCCCCUGCAAGUGCCAGUGCUAAAAAUGCCAAUGUAGCAAAAACACCUGUCGAAGAUUUUGAUGCUAAAAAUCAGAACAGACCAGUUAGCGAGACUGCAGAGACAGUAAGUGUUCACUCCAAGAGUCCGUGUCGACUCAGGCCUGAAUCUGCAGCUUCAGCAAAAUCCAGAUCAAAACCGAAAGAAGACUCUGUCAAAGCUCUCAAGGCCAAAUCUACCACAGGAAGGGAUAAAGGUGCGCUGUCUCACUCUUUAUCUGCUGCUGACCCGCUGAAGGAAACUAUCGCUGUACGUCCACACAGCCAACAGAGAAGUGAGAAAAGUGAAAAGUGUCAGAGAACAAGGAACCAUAAGGAUAAGGAGGAACUGACACCCGCCUACCUUCCCAACGCCUCCCCUAAUGAGGUUGUUAGUCACUGGCUGCAGAGCAUUCCUGCAAACAGCAGCAUGCUGGGACUUGGCGAUGAGCUGGAAGAAGGUGAGCAAGAGAAGGAGGUGGAUGAGGAAAGGGAAGAGGAGGUAGCAGAAGAGGAGGACAGUCCUGAAGUUGAAAAAGUAGAUAACAAGGAGAUAACGGAGGCUGACAGGGAAGAGGAGAAACAGGGAGAAGGUAUAUGUAAUGAAGAGCAGAGUUCAAAUCCAACUCCAGGUGAUGCAUUAGGAAACUCUUGCCCAGACCAUGGCAAAUCUCUUCCCAGGAACUGGCAGUCGUCUGUGGCUGUGAUGAAAGUACUUCUGAAUUCUUCGAUGGGUCGAUGCCAGAGCAUGCCCGAGGUGUCUCCAGUUUAUGGUCGUCGACUGAGCACAUCAGCCAGAGGAUUCUUGGACUGUUUGGCUCAGCUCCAGCUCAUUGGGCCUGCAGUGAACCAACAGAAGAACCACAACCAGCAGUAUGAAGACAUCAUGGCCAUCCUUCAGUCCCUCUGGCUCACUGAACCCAGAGACAUAGAUACUGCUAAUGUCAAGGACAGUGGCCCAGAGCAGGUGACGCCUCCAAGGUCGUCAUCUGGGGUGGACAUGAGCAGUGGCUCUGGUGGCUCAGGAAAGGAGAAUAUAAACCAAGGUGGAGAAGAAACAUCUCCAGGACCAAGUACAGAUGCAGCAAAGAAACAAGUGCAGAGUGAAGAACAAAGUACAAUCCCUUCAAGUCUGGACAGCCCAAAAGCCACGGAGAACCCAUCAUCUUCAGACAAGAGCUCUGCCAACGACAGCUCCAAAUCACCCACUGACAAUGAGACAAUGGACGACACCAGUUCAGGAACACCCCCAACUGUUCUGCAUGCACCCUUGUCCAAAAGAUCAUCCCAAGACCCUGACCCAGUUUGGGUCCUGCACCUUCUGAAGAAGCUGGAGAAACAGUUUAUCAACCACUACAUCAACGCGAUGGCGGAGUUUAAAGUUCGUUGGGACUUGGAUGACAGCCUCAUCCUAAACACAAUGAUCUCCGAGCUCAGGGAAGAGGUGAGCCGGCGCAUUCAGAGCAGCAUUGAGCGCGAGAUAAGGAAGAUUCAGACUCGAGCUGGCAGAGGAGGGAGGUCACCCAGGCCACCCCAAGGAAGGAACCUCUCCAGAGACUCCACCAUGACCGAGAAGAGGCGCAAAAUGCUGAAGGUCAUGAAGAACCAAUCAUUGAAGACUGCUGACUCUCUCAGUGACGGAGAGACGACGGGUGACUUCAGCGACCAGCGUAGUGAAGACGAGUACUGCCCCUGUGACGCUUGUGUCCGCAAGAAAUUGGCCACACGGCCUCUCAAAACAAACCCAGUGGCGACUGAAGCACCGGUGAUGAUGGAGUUUGAUCUCCUCAAGAUACUUCAGCUCAAGAAAGGUCCGCUGCCCCCGCCCGUGGCUACACCGAAAUCCACAGACAUGAAAGGUGGCAGCACGAUCCAAGAGCAGGAGGAGGAGGGGAGGAAUUUAGAGGUUGUGCAGGAGGAAGAGGAGUGGGAGGAAGAGGAGGAGAAAACCAAAGAGGAUAUUAAAGCUGAGAUUGUUUUAGAGGAGGCCAUCCCAGAGGAGGACGAAGAGGUAGAGGAAGGAGACACUGGAAGGAAAGAUAAUAGUGUCCAUGAAGAGGAGCAGAAAGAGGAGGAAGAAGAGAAGGAGGAGUCUGAGGAAACUAACAAUGACACAGGUGAGGAUGAGUCAGCAGAUGAUGGAGAGAAAGGAGAGGAGGAAAAAGGAACUGAGGCGGACAGUGACAAGGAGACAGUGAAGGAAGCAAGAGCAGGUGAAGGAGAGAACACUGAGAAUGGUGAGGGUGAGGAGGACAGUGACAACGAUGUAAAAAAUGAAGAACCGAUACAGGCCAAGGACGGAAAUGACGAAGACGAGGGGGGAGAGAGUGAGGACGAGGAAGGAGCCUCAACAAAGGAGCAGGAAGUGACUGAGAGAGAAGAAGACACCGACACCUGUGUAGCAGCUGGAACCACAGGAAACGAGGAGGAGACAGGAGAACCUGGAGAUGAAGACGAGACUGUGGAGGAGGUCAAAUCUGAAAAAGAGGGUGACGAGGUGACCUGUAAGAAAACACAGAACGCUGCUUUGCUCCAUCAGUUCACCAGGACUUCUGUGGAGUCCCAGCCCGGCUCGUUGUAGGGCACUCACCCAGACUCGCCCCCCCAUACCUGUGAACACCAUCGACGCCACAUCCACAGGGGAUGCAACAAGCCAGAGUGAUACGAUGCACACCCAAGAGAAGUGACAUGGAACUCUUUUCCAUUAUACAGUAGUAGCACAACUCUGACUCUGACUCUGGUAUCAGGCACGUCGUGGUUUUCUACACAACACAAACACACAAACUAGUGACUUGUAAAGCAGUUAUUUUGGGUGUAACUGAAUCAUUAGAAUCAGUUGACUAAAAAGAUUUGUUUGCAGAAUCGUUGAAGUGUUGUGUGAACUAAACCUCCUCCCCACUGGUAGGUGGAGUAUCAAGCCCCGCUCACCAAGCAAAAAACAUUUCCACAACAGAAGAUGUAGUCACCAAAGAUAGUCCGGGUCACCAGGUCAAGGGUCGAACUGGCGACCCUUGAACCGGCGGACACCCCUGCCCGAUGGGUCUUUCGUCUCUUUCGUGAGUCGCUCGAACCAGACGUGUCCGAGCGAGCUGUAAAACCGUUCUCAUCUUCUUUGGGAGGAAUGCGUUCUAUUCCCUGCGUCCAGAAUUGUAACGCCACCCCAUGGUGAAGUGGGAUACUACAUGAACCUGACGCACGAGUAUACCAGGGUCUGCGAUAUGCGACACACGCCACCACAGGUUUAAGACUCAGAGAAACACAGAUUAUGAAGCCUAUCUUAAAAAAUGUAAGCGAACACUUGAAGCACUUUAAAACUCACACGGAUUAAUUAAUAAACCAAGUACCUCAGCAGAAGACAUGCUCCUGUUUGACACAUGAUUAGUUAUAUAUCAGUUAAUCAGUUCAUUUAUCCGUCUAUUUUGUCUUUGUCUCAUUAAGCUAGUGUGGAUUCUCAGAGGUUUGAAUGGUUCUUUAAACUAUACAUUUUUGUCUCUUUAUGUUUGUAUAAUAUUAACAUAAUAAAUAUGAAGCAAGGGCCACGCGACAGUGAUCUUAGCUAGCAUACGGACUCAAAACAAGGGGGAGGAAACAGCUGGCAUGAUUUGCGAUUAUUGCUUCUACAGAUAAUUAGCAUAUUAUAUCUUGUUUGUUCCAUGUAUUUAAACAAAAUCUUAGUUAUAAAAAGAGUCAUUUUUUCUGUGGUUCAAAUGCUAAAUUUUCUCACUAGAUUAGCUUGUUUUGAGUCUGUAUGCUAGCUCAUUAAAGCUAACGUGCUAAUGUUGAAAUAUUCCACUGAGUUACUUUGUAAUACUCACAUCUGCACCAUGUAUGUCAGCAUUUUAUGAUUUCAUCCUUUUGUUUUCCUUUUAAAACUCUUACAGUAAAUUCAACUCACUAUAUUUUGUUAAUUUCCCCGAGGGAACCUCCCAAAGGGAUUAAUAAAGUCGUCUGUCUGUC